AUGUUUUCAUUUGGUUACAAAGAUGCUCCCGAUAGUGGAGGUAACCAGAGCAACGGUAAGGGCAAGGCAUCAUCAUCAGGCAUCCCAGCUCACAAGGCUGCAGGCAAGAACCAGGCCACGUCACAAGACACCGACGGCGACAUCUUCAUCGAAGCUACUGUCUGCAAAGUUGACGAUCUCAAGGAUGGAGAGAUGCGCGAGGUUGAAGUGGGACAGGGGAAGGCCCUCCUGAUCAAUCAGCUAGGAGAGUUCAGUGCUAUUGGUCACAAGUGCACACACUAUGGAGCACCGCUCAUUAAAGGUGUACUGAGUAAUGGACGUGUGCGGUGCCCAUGGCAUGGGGCUUGCUUCAAUGCCAAGACGGGAGACAUAGAGGACUUCCCUGGAUUGGAUAGUGUCGCCAAGUUCGAGGUCAGAGUAGACGGUGAAGAUGUCAUUGUCAAGUCGAGAAAGAAGGCUUUAGCAUCGCACAAGCGCAUCAAAGACAUGUCUUGCAGAUCACCAGACAGCGACAAGACUAUUCUCAUCAUCGGUGGAGGUGGUGCAGCAGCCACGUGUGCAGAGACUCUGAGGCAAGAAGGGUUCAAAGGUCACAUUGUCAUGGCAACUAAGGAAAAGCAUCUACCUUAUGACAGGCCCAAACUCAGUAAGUCUCUAACCUCGUCGGGUGCUGAGUUGUCCCUGCGCCAGCCUGACUUCUACAGCGUGUAUGACAUUGAUGUUCAGAAAGACAUGGAGGCCACUGCAGUUGACACUCUGCUGAACUGCGUUGCCUUUAAGAACGGCAAGAGCAUCAGCUACGACACCCUGCUGCUAGCAACGGGAGGAAGCCCUCGUGUUCUAGACAUUCCAGGCAAAGACUUGAGGAAUGUGUGUGUGCUGAGGAGUCCAGAGGAUGCCAACUACAUCGCUGAGCAAGGCAAGGGCAAGAACGUCGUCAUUGUCGGUACCUCGUUCAUCGGCAUGGAAAUGGCUGCGUACUUUGCUGGUAAAGCCAGCAGUGUGUCCAUUAUAGGCAGGAGCGCAGCCCCAUACAUUGCAUCCUUGGGUGAAACCAUUGGCAAGGCAUUGCAAAAGAUGUGUGAAGACAAGGGUGUCAAGUUUUAUCUCAACUCUGACCCGGAGCAGUUCAAUGGGGAUGAGACGGGGCAACUGAGGGAGGUGGUGCUGAAGGGUGGUGAGACAUUGACAGCUGACCUGUGUGUCAUGGGAGUUGGCGUGAUGCCAGCCACCAACUUUCUGAAGGAUAGCGGGAUCACGCUGAACUCCAGGCAGGCUGUGGUCGUUGACAAGUUCCUAAAGACUAACAAACCCAACGUCUUUGCCGCUGGGGACAUAGUCCAGGUGCCCUUGGCCAUGAAAGCAGACGAAGAGGUUAACAUUGGCCACUGGCAGGUUGCCUGUAUUCAUGGUCGCAUCGCUGCUCUGAACAUGUUGAAUCAGGAGAUGGAGCUGGACAGUGUGCCCUACUUCUGGACUAUGCUGUUUGGCAAGAGUGUCCGAUAUGCAGGUUAUAAUGCUGGCUUUGAGGAUGUCAUUAUUGAAGGCAACCCAGAAGAACUGAAAUUUGUAGCUUACUAUAUCAAGGGUGAUCAUGUUGUAGCUGUGGCCAGCAUGAACUCUGACCCAGUGGUGUCAAAGUUCGCAGAGUACAUUGCAUCAGGGAGGGAACUCACAAAAUCUGACGUGAAAUCUGAUCCUGAGGCAUGGCAGAGUCGGCUGUAGAUGAUCGACAAUUCAACGGUAGCUACAAGUGAUGGAUUUCAGGCUAGGCUUGGAUGGGAACACAAAGUUGAAGCAAACAGAUCCAGUGUACAUGGUACACAUAUGGUUCGUGCAAUAUUCCCUUAAAACCCUGAAAUUCACCAACCAGCUUUGUUGUACUACGUUCAACUGAACCAAAGUGGAGUUCCUUUUUUUUUAAAUUUGUUGCUAUUGGUGGGCAGCUAUAUAUGGGAUUUGGGUCCUACAAUUUUAAGUGCAGGGUAAGGAGAUUGUAUUCAAUCCAAUCGAAGCCACUCUGCCACAUAUCCUACAAGUUGCGUAGAUGCAGUCAUGACCUAUUCAACAGAUCUUGAUUUGGAUAAUAGGUCAUAAGCCACUCUCUCAAAAAAAAAAGCAAAAAUAAAAAAAGAACAACCCAAAAAAAUUUGAAGGUUCGUGUAGUGCAAGUAGUACAUUCAGCUUGAAACGUGUAUUAAAGAAUUACGCACAAUAUCUGACGGGAAAAAUAGCGCAAUUCAGUGACAAGUAGACUAUGGUAUAUUGGUGUACGUGUAUACAUAUUCAUGUAUAAAGCAGUCUGACCCCGGAUUGACCACAGGACUCAAAAUGAACAGCAGUCAUAAUGUCCAGUACCGUCAAUGUCCUUUAUUUUGCCAAAUGCCCUUCACAAAACCACAUGCUUCACCCUUCCCAACAACCAUACGUUUCAUGGCCAGUCUUGCUUUGGCCUUUUCUCAACUGGUCGUGGCACCCUAGUACCGUCUCUGAUUCCCUUUGUUUUUAAUGAUUCCCUUUGAGUGUUCUUUGUGAUGAACUUUGGAACACUGGGAGGGUGUACCAAAACCCUGUGGACGUUUCUCAAUGUACUCCUACACAAUAUAUGUAUAUGUACAUAUUGGUAAUCACAUGCUGCAUGCAUAAUACAGGCACCUGUGUCACUACUAAAAGAUUACAGAAAGGGCCAUGGCAGAUAGAUCAGGAGGUAGAUUUGCCAGCCGAGGGCAUUGCAUGAUGGCAACACAGUCCAGGUCCAAAUCUUUACCUGUGCAAACUGUUACAUACAGGUACAUGCUAAAUAGCGGUGGAGACAAUCAGAAGUCUCUGAUCAAGUUUACUGUGAGUUCAUUCAUAAACCGUGGUCCCCCUUUCUUGGGAUGUGUGCAUUAAUUUCAAGGUUUCAGUGUUUGUGAUUGUAGCAUUGGUUGAGCGCAUUUUUGUGUGUGAUUGCCUCCCGGGUGUGUUUGGACACGGCAGCCAACAUGUAGCACGGUGGCCUACUCAAGCUUCUACAACCACACUGUCUGGACCAUGACAGGUGUUUCCCCGUUGUAAUAAUGUGCAUCAGGACGUUUUCCUUCAUUUUUCGUCGACAUUAUCAUCCUCAAAAAUGACUUUCUUUCAUGUUGUUGGCCUUGGUGCCCUGCCAAACUUUUCAUUAUCAAAGGCAGAACGACUGAGUCCCUUAAAAAUAUGAAAUUUUAUACCUGUGGCCAAUCAGAAUCACAAAUUCAACUUUGCUUUUAAGAUAAGCAAAAUAUAAUUUUGCUAUUUAAUUUGAAAGGUAUUUCAUUUUAUCAGAACAAUGAAGCUGAUAUGUACCAUAAAUUAUAUAACCAUAUGUACUUUUUAAAAAACAAUUUAUAACACAGAUAUUGCAAAGAAGACUAGAGGCCACAUGUUGUAUUUUAAAUUUGUGGGGUGUACUCGAAAGUGCUGAAGAGGAGACUGAUAGUUUAUAAAAGUAUAUAUGUAUAUAGUUUGAUAUCAAUUUGUACUACGAUAAUUUGCCAUGGGAAAUUUCAGAAAGAAUGCUUUAUAGGUGGUGAUUAUGCAUUGGUAGAAUGCUUGGCAUAGGGUGUUGGCUGAAACCCCUUUUUUAAUACAGUAUGUAUUUCUUGACAAAAUAUGCAAGUACAUGUACAAAUACUGUAGGUAGUGUUUAAUUAAUGCCAGGAUUUCAGACUCGGUUGGUGUUGUUUUGUGUAGUAUCAUUAGGAGUAUGUGAGUAAAUGUGCCAUAUGCAUGUACAAUUACCCUCUCAUUAUGCACACAAAUUUGCCAUAUCUACGUGGCUAAAAUGCAGCCCAAUCACAGUAUUUUUCUAGAUUAAAACUCAGAUUUUUACAUAGAAUAUCUUGGGUUACUUUAAUCCUCUGAGACAAAUUUUUAUUUGAUGCAGUAUUUCUAUGCAGAGUAUAUAAACACCAGCAAUAGGUACAAAUCUCAUUUCAUAAUGUUCUAAUUUAUGUGCACUGAUCCAGCCUUGCUUCCCUGAUCAUACAAUAUUGUAUAGUUGACCCAAAUUAUUUAGAAUCAGUGCAUUCAUGACCCACAUAUAUUAACUGUUACAAUUUGGGCCUCCAAAUUAUUUUAAUAGGGAUUAAUCUGAAUGAUGGACAAACUGCACUGUUUGUACACACAAAGGAGGAAAGAAAACACAGAAAUCUGGGCUUUUA